GACUAACAUCAUCAAACCAAAGACUAGCGUUAGUCGUUCUCGGUCGUGGUCCUACUUAGUAUUGUUGAUAUCAUAGAUAAGUUUCCUCUUUUAAGUUCACAAUAUGGAGUUGAGGUUCGUUUCUACGACAUGAGAUCCACGGGCUCCACGGCUCGCGAGCGGCGGAAAGCUUCCGAGCUCGAGAACUGGGGACCGCCAUCCAACGAAUGGGGAUAGUCACUCGACGUGCGUUUUUUAUUCUUUUGCGCUGCUCCUGUGUCUAAUUGCCAAAGCAGCCGCAUUCGUCACAGUGCCACUUCCCCUCAGAGCUACUCUACUACAGCUACAGUGAUUCGUCGGCGCUUCCUGCAUGCCGUUAAUCGACUGCGUGCGGCAGCGGCACUGAGUGGAGCAGAAAGGUUCCCAAUACACCGACGGACGACAUAAAAGAGCUUCGGCACAUGCCGCAUUGAUAAAGCGAAACAGCGUGACGAAUUGCCGAAAGCCUUUUCUCAAGUAGACUAGAAGAAAAAGACAGGAUGUAUCGGCCUCCUAUGGAAUUGAGGGACCUCGUGCAGGUCUACAAUGAUAAAAAUAGGGGAAGCUAUGGUCAUCAUAUCGAGUGCGAUUAUGGAUUCAAAUUGAUAAUCAUCGGCGAUGCAGGGGCAGGAAAGUCGUCUUUCAUGCACCAGUUUCUCGAGGGAAAAUUUAGGAAGACGAGCACGCAUACGGUACUUCAUCAAUACAACAUGUUUGAGGGGAUGCCAUAAGCGACGGUGACAGUAGCUUGUUAUGGAAUUCUUUAAAUGAUUUAUAUUUUUUUUUGAAGUCUCUCUUUAGUUUUGCAUGUUAGUUAUUCCACUGAAACUUCACAGAUCGGCGUCGAAUUUGGGACCAAGAUAAUAACUUUAGGCGACAGGCAUAUCAAGCUGCAAAUAUGGGACACUGCAGGGCAGGAGAGGUACCAAUAGUGGGUUCCUACACAGUCACAGUCCUCCCUAGGUAACUCAUGCAGAAGUUCUUCGGAGCUCGACAUCUAGAACCUUGCUCUCGAGCCUCCUUCUUCUUCCAAGAACUUUGUGUUGGAGAAACAAGAACUUGUAGGUAUCGUGCGGUAACAAGAAGUUACUAUCGGGGUGCAGUGGGAGCACUGAUUCUCUAUGACGUGACUAGUAGGGAAAGCUACAACAAUCUUCCGACCUGGCUGCGUGACGCGCGAGAGCAAGCCAGUUUUCAUGACAUCAGCAUCAUCGCUGUGGGUACUAGCCACUUUAUUACUCCCACGUACUUAGAUUUUUACUGGUUUUUGUUUCACAUCCCCUUUUCUUACCCUGCUUGGCGCCUAAGCAUAAUGUACUACAGUGCAACUUCGAAUUCCAAUCUUAAUUCCUUCAACACAGGAAACAAGCGAGAUCUGAAAGAAGAGCGACAAGUGUCGUUCCUCGAGGCUAGUAGGUUCGCACAAGAGCAGGGGAUCCUCUUCCUCGAGACAUCAGCGCUCACAGGCGAGAAUGUCAACGUAUAUUGUAUAUAAUCCGUCUUGCUGUUCUUGAUUCUUUCAUCUUUUGUCUGCAUUCUUUCCCUGUAAAUGAAAUGUGAAUUCGAUCCUCGAACAACAUGAUAAAUGGGUUGGAGAAGGUGAUUUUUCCUCUUAUGCAUCUAUCGAUUGGCAACUAUAAACAGCUUUCCCAUUUUUACACCCACAGGAAGUGUUCCAUACACUUGCACAGCGAAUUUUGAGUAAGGUGGAAGAGGGAAUAAAAAAAGCCGAGCAGGAGAACAAAAAUAACUUGCGAGAGGAAGAGGAUGCGACGGAGGAGGCGAAUAAAGUAUACACGCUACACUCUGGUCGUGGUGGGAACAACGCUGGCUGGUGCAAGUGUGUGUCGCCGAGUUGUGGAGGCACAUGAAAACGAAUUUUCGCUGGACGAAACGUAAACUCGAUAGGUCAAAUACUUUUUACUGUGAAAAUACUUUCAACCACUUACUCUUUUUGAUUCAAAGACACGUAGAAAAUUCGGAAAUGCGGGUAUGAAAUAUUUGCGAAUAUUGAUAUCCUGGGUGUAAAUGUGAUGAAUUUAGGGUUUUCGAUGCUUAUGCGGAUCUGUUGGAUAGGGGAGAAGUUCUGAAUACUUGUGCUACAACGUAGCGAUCAAAGAUAUCGCUCCACUCGCAAUUAUAAUUUUCUGCGGUUGAGUGACCGCCAGCGGACUGUGCCAGUUCUCGGAAAAACACGGAAUGAGCAUGAACGUUCAUUUAGUGGUAUUCUGCAUUGGGAGUUUAGGUCUAGUCUGUCAUGAAGUUGUGAUGUGGUCUGUGCAUACUAUUCCAUAUAACAAGUAGCUCGUGUUAAUAGAAAAUCUGCUUCACACGAGGAAAAUCCUAGCGUUUGUGCAAGCAUGAUUCCUGAAAACGAGGAUUGUGCUACACUGAAGUCACACAACAUAAUUGUAGUUCAAGACAGUUGUCCGAGGCGUUUUCUGCAGGAGAAGGAAAACGAGCGAGGUGCCCGUUUUUACUCGCUCUUUCGUAAAA